AUGGGUCUAUGGUUGUGGGGGGAGGGUGGGGGUGGGGUGCGUGGGGGGGGUGUGGGGUGGGGGGUGGGGGUAGGGGUGGGGUGGGUGGGGGGGGGUGGUGUUGGGGGGGUGAGGGGGUGGGGGGGGGGGUGUGGUUGGUGUGGGGUGGUGGGUUGGGGGUGGGUGGAUGGUGUGGUGGGGGUUUCCUCUGAAACGAACGGAUCCCUUUCUACGAAAGUAAGAAGCAGCUCACAGUACACAACUAUGAAGUCGCCGCUACUAUACGAGAAAAGCAGCGUUGGGACAGUCCACACCGAACGUCAUAGAGUAGACACUGUAGUCGAAGCCGUCGUCAACCAAACAGCCGUGUUACCGUGCCGUCCGCUGAAGAAAGCUCGUAAAGCAACUGCUCCGCAAGAUGAUGUCAAGAAAGGAACGCUUUUAUGGAAGAGAGUGAGCACAAACGAUUAUUUGAUCCACGAUAAUCGCCGGCUUCAUCAAGACUCACGUUUCAUACUAGACAUGUCUUCUGUCGAUCAAACGGUGAUGGAUCUUCGCAUCGAUAAUGUGCAACGGCAUGAUCAGGGCACCUACGUUUGCUUGUAUUCAAAUGGACAGAAUGUAUACAAACAGACGAUAGAGCUAACCGUUUUCGUUCCACCAAUUAUAUACGACAAUACGUCCAGUCCAACACGAGUUGUGGUUCAGGAAGGCGACAGCGCGGUACUUUACUGCAAAGCUUGGGGAAUUCCGGAACCAACACUCACCUGGCACCUGCUUCCUCGGGAUGGUUCAUCAAUGCCUUUAAACCGCGCCACCGAUAGCCGAUUUAUUUUGGAACCAAAUCACUUGCGUAUAACCAAUGUAACAAGGAUGAUGAAUGGCUUAUACAAAUGUUUGGCCACCAAUGGACUGGAAAAAACGGCUUCGCGCACUAUUGAAUUGGACGUACAAUUUCCUCCGACGAUUCGCAUGGCAAACAACAAAAUUGGCCAGCUGAUUCAUCGCAACACAAUGGUGCGGGCGUUCAUUCGAGGGAAUCCCAUUACUUCCUUUUACUGGGAAUUUGAACGUCGUCCUAUUUAUGGCCCGAGCAGUAACUGUUUGUCCACCAUACCACGAGAAAAGUAUUGCGUUGUUAUCGACAAAAUCAACUCAGUUCAGAAUGAAGUCCAGACAACGGUGUUCAUAAACAAUCUCACAAGGCAAGACUAUGGACUGUAUACUUGUGUUGUGGAAACACCAUUUGGAAUGUUUCGAAACAGCACGGAAGUUUUUCGUACGUACCCCACGCAUUCAUACCCAUGGGAUGCCAAGCAUGUAACCGAUCAAUCGGUCAGCGACAAGGUAUCCAAUCAGCGGAAUUCCGUUGGGCUCAGAAAGCUGUACAAUGAAAACCGUAACAGACUUGAAACGUAUUUCACGAGUGGUUCACGGAUGAAAGAUGGACAUACAAAUGGAAUCAAAAUGCAAGGACAGGCGACUCCAAGUGCAAGAAAAUUAUGUCACUCACAUUUUUGCGGAUCGAACGAAGCCUCCGGAACAGUCAGAAGUCCAGGCAAAUUUCUGCGUAGUUGGUACUUUGGAACCAUAUUGCUUAUCAUCUCGAUUACAAUCCUGAUGAAAUGAGACAGGCUUAGGCCAGCACUCAUCAAGAUCAUUUGAUUUAACUACAAUCUCCUCAUCGUCUAGUUCAUCA